AUGAACACGAACAUGAAGAAGGUUUCAGCUGCAGUACUUUAUCACUACCCUUGUCCUGACGGCGUUUUCGCUGCUCUCGCCGCACAUCUUUACUUCAAAGCAACUUCCUUACUCUCUCCUCUCUUCUUUCCCAACACUGUCUAUUCUCCUCUCAGAGUGGAAGACCUUCCAUUGAAUCAAAUUACUGAUCUUUAUCUUCUAGAUUUUGUUGGCCCACCUGGAUUUGUUCACGAAAUCUCCACCAAAGUUCCAAGAGUGAUUGUUUUGGACCACCACAAAACUGCACUUGAGAGCCUUUGUAGUGAUGAUACUUCACUUGGUGAGAAUGUGACAAAGGUUAUUGACAUGGAAAGAAGCGGGGCUACUAUUGCUUUUGAUUACUUCAAAGAAAAGCUUGUGAAUCCUGAUGUUUGUGUUGUGGUGAACCAACCUUCGGUGAUUGGUGAAUUCGAUCGUGCGAGGAAACUUUUUAAGUACAUUGAAGAUGUGGAUCUUUGGAGGUGGAGACUUCAGAAUAGCAAAGCUUUUAGCAGUGGUUUGAAGGAUUUGAACAUUGAGUUUGAUGCCCGAAUAAACCCUUCCUUGUUCGACCAGUUGCUUUCAUUGGACUUGGAUGCUGUUAUUAGUCAAGGCGCGGUGAGCUUGUCACAUAAGCAAAAAUUAAUUGAUGAUUGUCUCAGCAACUCAUAUGAAAUCGCCCUUGGAAAAGGUGCAUAUGGUCACUGCCUGGCUGUUAAUGCAGAUGCUGCACUUUCAGAGUUAAGGAGUGAACUAGGACAUCAGUUAGCUACUAAAAGCCAGAAAUUGAAAUUGAGGGGUAUUGGAGCUGUUGUAUAUAAUGUUCCAGAGCUUGAAAAUAACCAGAAGCUAAAAAUAAGUCUGAGGAGUUUGGACAAUGAAGAUACAACUUGCAUCUCUCAGGAAUUCGGAGGUGGUGGACAUCGAAAUGCCAGCUCUUUCAUGUUAAAAUCUGAAGAAUUUGAGCAGUGGAAGAUGUGA